AUGGAGUGUCUAUUGCCUGAGAAGCAAAACGGUGUUGAUGAUGUGUUUGGUGGUGAUGGUAAGACACAUACUACAGAGGAUGAUUUCAUUGGGAAAUACACAGCACCUUCUGGUCAUACAUACUUGUCUCAUUCUUGGAAGAACUACAUCAAUCAUGUGGGUCAGAAGUGUACUAGUGGGGUUAUUGAGUUUAGAGAAAAAUUGUGCAAGUAUGCCACUGAGAAAGGUUUUAAGGUUAGGUACCUUAAAAAUGAAAAAGAAAGAGUGACUGCCCAAUGUUCUAAAAAAGUAUCUGAUGGUUAUAGUUGGCGUGUGUAUGCGUCAUUAUGUCCUACAAAUGAGUUUUUUUACAUUCGGAGCUUGAACAACAAGCACACUUGCAAAGGAUGCAUCCGUGAACGUACGAGCAGCAUGAUGUCUUUGAAAAUUGUGUCCUCUAUUUUGGUUGACCAAAUCCAAUCUAAACCAUUGAUUAAACCGAUCGAAAUUGUCAAGGAUUUCAAGAAAAACUAUGGGUUGGGCAUUUCUUAUCACAAUGCAUCAUACGGGAAGGAAUUAGCAAAGAAAAUGGUCCAUGGUGAUGAGUCAUUGUCGUAUAAACACCUGGCUUGGUAUGUGGGAGCAGUGUUGAGCUCAAACCCUGGUUCAUGUUGUAUGUUGGAGUGUGACCUUGAGUCAUCCAGAUUCAAAAGGGGGCACUUGCUCGCUGCUACUAGGAAAAAUGGCAACCAAGAAAUUCUCAACCCCCAAGGAAGGACUAUUGCAUUCAUAUCUAAUUGUAACAAAGGGUUGCUUGAAGCACUACCAUCCGUGUUCCCACAUUCACGACAUGCAUUUUGCUUCCACCAUUUGAAACACAAUGUCCUUGCCAAGUAUCCAUCAUCAUUGGGAAAGACAUAUUGUGAUUGGAUUUUUCAUCUUUUUGGUAAGUGUGCAUAUGCUCCAAUUGAGGACGCAUUUGAAAUGAGUAUGAGAAUGCUGCAGGAGGAGGGUGGUGCUGUAAUAACAGAGUUCUUGAAAAACCUUCCAAAAGAAAAUUGGUCAACUGCUUACUUUCCAGAUGAUAGAUGGUAUAAGGAUCAAAAUUAUGGAAAUGAUUGCUCAGAGGCGACGUACAUCAAAAUUAUAGACUGUUACCCCUAUGUGGAGUAUCCAAGUGCGGACAGCUGA